GGUGCUUCACGUUGGCGGUUGUGUUUCAGCAGCAGUAGGUUCUGCUCUAAUUCUGUCUCAAAUUGAACGGUUGUUUUUUUGUAAUCGUUUGAAAUCGCACCGAAAUUUAUUUUUUGAUGACCUGACGAAGAACUUCAGCAAGCAAACCGAUCUCUGCCUGAACGUAUUUGACGAUGGAGGACAUGGAGGUGGAAGUAGCUCCGGUGUCCCGCGAGGCCAGUGUGAUCGUAGUCUCCGAAUCUGGAAGCAGCGCGGAAGAGGAUGCCCCCGUGCAGGUUCAAGGCCCAUCUCAGCGACCCAGGCUUUUAGCGCGUCGGGCCGCCAGGAGGAGAGACGUAAUUGGGUCGCGUUUGCAGUUGUCCACGCACGAAGAGAGGGUCCGCGUGCUCCGGCGGCUCAUCUCGGAGAAUCUGGCGGAGCGUCUGAGCGGCUCGCGGGACUCCCGGCCUUCAGCUCCUCGCGCGAACCCGCCGCCGCCGGACCCUGAGCCCGGCUCCGGCCGCCCCGCCGGUGAGGAACCGACGUCUGACGAAUCCAGCGCUACAGGGUCAGGCGUUUCUACGGAGGCUGAAGGGACGAGGGCAGCUGCUCAGCCAGAGACCGAGCCCGCCUCUGAUUCGGAGGACCCCGUCACGGCCGCCUCGAGUCCCGCCGGAGGGCCCGAAGCAGACGACGGCGAGGGAGAGACCUGCUCUAUCUGUUUCGAGCCCUGGACCUCCGCGGGUGACCACCGCCUGGCCGCCCUUCGCUGCGGUCACCUCUUCGGCUAUAUAUGUAUUUCCCGCUGGUUGACGAGCGGAGGAAAUAAAUGUCCGCAGUGCAAUAAACCAGCCAAACGUGGUCAUAUCAUCUUUCUUUAUGCACGGAAACUGAAAGCCCUGGACAACGCAGAGGAAGUGCGGCUGAAGAGUCGUUUGGAGCUGGAGCAGGGCUCACGGAGGAUGGAGCAGCUGGAAGUGGCUCAGUGUCGUCAACAGAUGCAGCUCGUGGUCGAUGAAAACGUACGACUGCGCAAAGAGGUCGAGGAGCUGAGGAGGUGGAAAGCUCAGGCGGCGUUCGGCGGCUCCUCUCAGGGAGCGUCUCUCUCGUCGUCCCAGAGGCAGGACUCGUCCAGCGGGGGACAUUACGUCUUCUCUAAAGCCGUGCUGGUGUCUCAGACGGGGGGCGGUAGGGUCCUGUCGUACUGCGAGCCUCUCGGCUGCCUGCUGGCCUCUCAGCCUUCUCCACAAGCAACCCUGGUGCCGGGCUUCGGUGUGAAGAAGAUCAGCACGGCGACUCUCAAGCCCAGUCAGUAUGUUCCCAUCCACUCCAAACAGAUCCGAGGUCUGGCCUUCAGCCGUCACCAGGACAGCCUUCUGCUCUCCGCCGCACUCGACAACACUAUUAAACUCACCAGUCUGAUGACGAACACGGUGGUCCAGGCCUACAACGCGGGCAGACCCGUGUGGAGCUGCUGCUGGUGCCACGAUAACAACAACUACGUCUACGCCGGCCUGGCUAACGGCUCGGUGCUGGUGUACGACACGCGGGACACCAGCGCUCACGUCCAGGAGCUGGCCCCGCUGCGCUCCAGCUGUCCGGUGGUGUCUCUGUCCUACAUCCCGCGCGCCGGCUCCAGCUCCUUCCCGUGCGGCGGCCUGAUCGCGGGCACGCUGGAGGGCGGCUGUUUUUGGGAGCACAUGGAGGGAACCACGUACACGCCUCAUAUCCUGCCUCUAGAGUCCGGCAACUGCACCGACAUACAGGUGGAGCCGGACAGCAGACACUGUCUCGUCACGUACAGACCGGGUCGCGCGAACCCGUCCCUGCGUUGCGUGUUAAUGGAGCUCAGCCGGACGCCUCAGACAGACAGCGGCCAGCCGCCCGUCUGCUCCUGCUCUCCGGUCCAGACGUUCGGCGCCGGGUCCUCCUGCAAGCUGCUCACCAAGAACGCCGUCUUCAAGAGCCCGGCCGGAGACGGAGCCACGCUGGUGUGCGCCGGAGACGAGGCCACCAACUCCACCAUGGUCUGGGAUGCCGGCUCCGGGGCUCUGCUUCAGAAGAUGCCUGCGGAUCUCCCCGUGUUGGACAUCUGUCCGUUCGAGGUCAACCAGAGCAGUUAUCUGGCCUCUCUGACCGAGAAGAUGCUCAAGGUUUAUAAAUGGGAGUGAGACCGAGGGGAAACGUUCUGACAGAAAUCCGAAUAAGCAUUUUUCAUAAACCAAAUACUGGUGGACCGGGACCCCGGGUGACGCUUUUGUCCGUUUUGUUUCUUUUAAACUUUUAUUUUGUUUUCUGUUCAUCGUAAAGAGUUUUCUGUUUCUGACCUUAAAAUCAGGGCUUUAUUAAUGUCUUCGUUAGAAGUGAUCAGUGUUCACUGUUUUCAUUGUAAAUAUGUAAGUGUGUUUUUUAUUUGUUUAAUAAAACAAUAAAUGCCUAUA